AUGAGGCGAGCGCGCCCCACGGUGGUGCGCCCAUGGGGCAGUGUGUCCGCGGAAAUUAUUGUGCGCCACCUCAACGGCCCCGCGCACCCUUCCGCCGAUCCCAACGCCAUGCUCCCCUUCUGGCUCCCCAAAGCCUCUUCCGCCUCCGGCACACCCGCCAGCACCGGCGCAGGCGCGAUGGAAGGCGGGGCGGCAGGGGAAGGGAGGGAGGCUGCUAUCAGCAGCAGCGCAGGGGGGGUCCAGGGCGGGGAUAUUGGUUGCGCAGUUGGGGGGGGUGCGGAGGGGUCGGGGGGGAGGUUGAGUAUGGGGAGCUGGCUGGAGAAGGAGGAGGUGCGCGUGGCGGCGACGGAGAAUGGCGAGCUGAUCGCAGUGGCGCUGGGCACCACGCUCGUCAUUGCGGACGGACAUGGCGCGCACGAUGGCAGGCCAGUGGAGCCAGUGAGUGUGCGCCCGGCGUGUGACAGCGACGACGCCAUCACAGCCCUGGAGUGGAUCACCUUCUCCGCCUUCAACCACCGCACCACUGCCGCCUUGGCCUCGCCCAACCGCCCGCCCGGCGCCUUCAUGUGUCUGGCAGUGGGCACGGCGCUGGGGUUCGUGCUCGUGUACUCAGAGACAGGCGUGCUGCUCGCCAAGCAGAUGGUACACACGGAGGCGGUGGUGCGGCUGCGAGUGCGGGGCGUGGAGGCGGGCAUGGUGCGCAACGAUGGCACUCAGGAGCUCUGCGCCAUCACACGCAACGCCACCUGCGUCAUCAACUCCGUGCAGCUCCAGUCGGUGCUGAAGCAGCGUGUGAUCCAGCUGGAGGACACGGUGGCCGCCAAUGUGUCGCGCGGUUUUGCCUCCGCGCUCAGCUUCAUGGGCGCGGGCCGCAAGGGCGGGCGAGACGAGGAGGGUGGCAGUGGGUCCACUCUUGUGUUCAAAAAGUGGCGCACAGGCAGGGCCACCACCAAGUGGAGCGACGGUGCUGUUGCUGGCACCUUCCCCUCGCCACUCUUCCAAGUGCAGUCUCCCAAGCAGUCAUACUGCAUCGUGGCCGUGGGCCUGGAUCCUACACUCGCUGCCUUCGCCGCCACAGAGCAGGGCGGGUGGGUGCAGCUCGCCUCGAAUGCUGCCAGUAACGUGCGCUCCCGUGCUGCCUCUGCUGCCUCCGCCCUCUCUCGCUCCAUCUCCCGCACCCGCCGCUCCACCUCACGCAUUCCCGACACCCCUUCCUCCUCCUCCUCCUCCUCCUCCUCCUCCUCCUCCUCCUCCUCCUCCUCCUCCUCCUCCUCCUCCUCCUCCUCCUCCUCCUCCUCCUCCUCCUCCUCCUCCUCCUCCUCCUCCUCCUCCUCCACCUCGCGCUCCCAGCCUCACGCGCAGCAGUCGCAGGCGCAGAGUGUGCCGUCGUCCCCCACGGCGCACACCUCUCUCUCGCGCACCAGCUCCAACUUCUCCUCCCCCCGCUCCACCACCUCCUCCUCCUCCUCCUCUUCCUCCAGCAGCCGCGCCAGCACUGGCAGCAGCAGCAGUGGCGGCACUGGCGGCAGUGGGGGUGGGGCGGAGGAGCAGGAGGGGAGGGAGCGGGUGGUGCCGCGGGGGGCGAUGGAGGUGGGCAGCAGCAUGGGCGUGGUGGCAGCGCUCAAGGACCACUCGCGCCAUGCCACGCGCCUGGCAGUGGCGCCCAGGGGCACGCUCAUGGCCAUCGCGGACAACCUGGGGCGCGUCAUGGUGCUGGACUCGCAGAUCUUCGCUGUCGUGCGCAUGUGGAAGGUCUGCCCUCAACCUCACCGCCGCUGCUGCCCUGCAACCCGCUCUUUCCCUUUCCCCUGCUCCGCUUACCACUCCCCCUCCUCCCCCGCCCCCCCUUUCAUUGAGCAUGAGAAAUACAUUUUUCUCCACCCGUCCUCGUGCCAAUCGCUGAGCAACCUGCGGUUUGUCCCUGUGUGCGUCCUUUUCUGCCGGCAGGGGUACCGGGAGGCGGAGCUGGCGUUCCUGGAGGUGCCGAUAGUCAGUGCGGGCAUGACGUCCAUGGGGGGCGCGUCCCCCAACGUGCACCUGCAGCUCGUGCUCAAGCCGCGCCACCUCUCCAUGUGCCUCGCCAUCUUUGCCCCACGCCGAGAGGUCGUUGAGGUGUGGCAAAUGGUGGGGGGCCCGCGCAUUGCUCUCUUUCGCUGUGCCAGCAACAGCCGGCUGCUGCAGCCAGCAGCAGUAAUCGGCGCCCCGCACACCACGCUCCCGCCCGACCCGCACGCACCGCCCACGUCGUCGCAUUCGCUGGACAUAUCCAAGGGCAUCUCGUCCCUGCUGCACGGCUCCUCCUCCUCUGCCAGCGCUGCUACUGCAGGCGCGCAUGGGGGCGCGGACGGCGUGUAUGGGCAGCGGCACCGCGCGUUCAUCCUGCAUGGCAACACAGGGCAGGUGUCAGAGAUCAUGCCAACUGUCUCGCUCACGGAAAGCCACCACACGCCAUCGGAUGUGAGCACUCGGGCGGGGGGGGCGCUGACAGAGAGCGACAUCUUCCAGCGCCUGUGCGACCUGCUCAAGCUCAAGCGCAACUCCCGCGCCGCUGCCAUCGCCGCCUUCACUCACCUGCAGCACAAGGCCGCUGCUGCCGCUGCUGUCAGCGGCGCGGGCAAAGGGGGAAAGAAGAAGCGCGGUAAGAAGAGUGGGCUGAGUGAAGUGAGCGAGGACGAGGAGGAGCAGGUGGAGGAGGACAGGGAUGGGAAGGACAUGGCGAGGAGGAAGAGCAAAGGGGGUUUGGUAGGGGAUGAAGCGGAGGAGGGCGAUGAGGAGGAGCGGAGGCAGACGGGCGGUGUGGGAAAGAGCGAAGGGAAGAGCAGCCGGUUGAAGAAAUCAACAGCUAAGGAUGGCGCGGAGGAUGAAGGGGAGGAAGAAGAUGAGGAGGAAGGGGAGGAGGAGGAGGAGGAGGAGGAGGAGGAGGAGGAGGAGGAGGAGGAGGAGGGGGAGGAGGAGGAGGUGGACGAGGAGGAGGAGGAGCUGCAGGGGCGGUUGUCUCUGCGCAUGCGCAGCUCGUUUGGGUGGGAGGGCAAGAAGGACGCGGACGACGAGGAGGAGCAGGUGCUGCUGCUCAAGCUCACAGCCGCUCUCACCUCGCCCGUGCGCAAGCUGCAGGUGCUGGACCUGCUCAUUGCCACGCGGCCGGCGCUCCCUGAGAAGUGCCACCUGGCGGUGAUGGAGGACGUGCUGACGUGUGUGGAGGAGUGUGUGGCGUACAACAAGCACGUGCUCGACUCCGAGAAGCAGCUCGCCCUGCGCCAACAGCAGCAGGCGGCGCUGCAGGGCGCGGAGGGAGCAGGGGCAGCGGGGGCGGAGGGCGGGCUAGGGAGAGCGGCGCUGGAAGGCGCGUCGAGCCUGCUUUCAGGGGGUCUGGCCAUGUGGAACAGACUGGGGCAACGCGGCGAGGCAGACAACGGUGGGCGAGCCAAGGAGGCUGCGGCGGCAGCAGGCGUGCUGGCGGGGGUGGGGUUGGGGGGCAGGAAGAUCCGGCGCGUGGAUGAGAAGCUGCUGCAAUACCUGGAGCAGCGCUGCGGGCUGCUGCGCUGGCAGCGCCUGCUGCUCAAGGUCUUCAUCAAACUCAAGCGCGACCCGGACGCCGCCCAGGACGGUGGGGGCAAGGCAGGAGGACGCGAGGAGGAUGGGCUGGACCUAGACGUGGAGCCUGAGAGGGGCCCGGCCAUGGGGUGGGAGCGGCGCUGGCGGCGGUGGCGGCGCGUGCGGGGCAAGGGGGGCAAGGUGAGUGAGGCGGAGGAGGCGGCGCUGGUGGCAGAGUCAGAGGAGCGCAAGGCGCGAUACCAGGCGCUCGUGGCGGAUCUGGGCGCGUGGAUCUCCCUCUGUGAGUCCGAGAGCGAGUGCAACUACCUCUGGAUGGAGAGCAAGGGUAAGGGAGGGGGGGGAGCGGGGGGGGGGAAGGGCGCAGGGGACGAGGCAGGAGGUGCGCCCCCGACGAGCGGAGCGGAGGAGGGGGAUGACGCGUUGGAGAGCGCGCCCCCCCCCAUGACGUCCACGGACUUCCUACGUGCCUUCUCGUUCGACCCCUCCUGGGACCCCCGUGACACGCGCGAGGCCAGGCAGAGAGCCGCACCUGGCAGUGGCAGCAAGGGGCGCGAGGCGGGCGUAGGGCAGCAGGAGAAGCAGGCGAGCAGGAAGGGCGACCUGUUCGGGUGGGGCAGCGACGGCGCGCGCGGCGACGACAAGGGCUUUGGCAUGUGGCUGGCGACGGGCAGCGAGCCGGCGGACCUGCGAGCCCUGGCACAGUUCGUGAUGGGCGGCAUCCUGCAGGGUGAGGCGGGCGUGCGGCGGCUGUUUGAGAUCAUGGACGUGGUGCGGCUGUCGUGGGAGGACUGGCAGAGCCUCUUCCUGCUGUGGUUCCGCGCGGUGAAGGUGGACGAGCUUCUGUCCGUGGACUUGGACAUGCUCAUGGACGUGCUGCACCGCAUCAGCGGUCGCAUGCCCGACAUUGAGGCCCGCCUUGCUCUCCCCGACGGCUGGCAGUUCACGCCUGCCGCCACCGCUGCUGCUACUGUGCACGGCCGCCCUGCCCCCGGGGUAGAUGGGGGGAAGGGCGCGGGAGGGGGUGGCGGGGGAAAUGCGGGUGCGGGGCAGCCGGGGCAGGGAGGAGGAGCGGGGGCGGUGAUGGGAGGGGAGGGCGGGGUGGGGAAGGUGGAUUCAAAGGAGAAGCUGGAGAGGGCGCCUGAAGGGGGGCGGUACCCGCUGUUCCACGUGUGGUGCCACAACACGGGCGCGGUGGCCAAGGGGCUGUUCCUGGCGCGGCUGUGCGCGCAGGUGGGCAAGGAGGACCUGCAGCAGCUUGCCGCCGCGCUCAUGAAGGGCCACAUGGGCACUCGCAAGCGGCGGCCGCGGCGCAGGAAGGGCGAGGAGGAGGGCGAGGGCGCGGAUGAGGAGGCGGCGGAGCUGGACGACCAGUGGCUGCAGCUGGCCCGCGAGGAGACGUGGAUCGAGCGAGGGCUGGAGCAGUGGCUGGCGCUGGCGAACAGGGUGGACGACGCGUGGAUCCUGGGGCGCUCCCUCGCACACAUCUGCAAGCUCUCCACUGCGCGCGGCUACCCCCUCACACGCCCACGCGUGCCCGCAGCAGCGGAGGUGGGGCAGUUCGCGGUGGCGCAGUGGGUGGCGAAGCUGCAGCUGCUCAUCUCGCCGUCCGCCAUUGUCGUGCAGCACCUGCACCGCUCGCUGCUUAAGAUUGGCCGCCCCUCCUCCGCUCGUCAGCUUGGCAUCCGCCUGCUGGAGGAGGGGAAAAAGAUGGAGGCGGGGCAGGGGGGCAAGGAGGCCCGGCGCGGCCGGCGGCGUAGGGAGGGGCGGUGGGGGGAUGUGCGGGGUAGCAGAGUGGGAGAGGCGCGGAGGAAGGAGGAGGGCGAGUGGGCGAAUGACGAGGGUAGCGCUGAGGGCGACACGGAAUCGUGGCGUGGGUCGCACAACAGCCGCGGAGGCAGGGGGAGAGGGGGGGGGGAUGCGGACAGGGGCGGUGGGAGGGGAGGGGGAGGGUCGGGGUCGGGGCGUGAUGAGUGGGAGAAGAGCGGGAGUGGAGGGGGGGUGGAGAGGAGCGAGAGUGAAGGGGGCGGUGGGGGGGGUGGCAGUGUGAGGGGGGGCGGGGAGGAGGACGCGUCGUCAGUGGUGGACGGCAACAGCGCUGCCAGCCCCAGGGGUUCCACCAGCGGCAGUGGCAGUGACUGGCGCCAGGGCGGCUCCGAGGGCGGCGGGCGCCCAGGGGGAGGGGGCGGGCGGGGCGGUGGCGGAGUGGGGGAGCGGGACGGAGGUGGUGGCGGUGGUGGUGGCGGCGGCGGCAGUGGGAAAGGCCACAGCGGGCCGCUGGGGCGGCGUACGGGAAGGAAGCCAGUGCUCAAGGGCAGCAGCAUGCUGCGCGCUCGCAAGCUGCUGCUGGCGGGGGAGUCCAUGCAGGCAUCGUCCGUGGACGACCUGGACGACCCCGACCUGCCCGACGACGACGACGCCAGCACCAGCAUGCGCCACCGCAUCAUGGGCCGCGUCGGCCAGCGCAGCGCCGCCAAGCCCAGGGCCGGCGGUGGAGGGGGGUAUGGCGGUGAGGCGGAGGAGUGGGCGGAGGGCGGGGGGGAGUACGAGGAGUCGUGGAACGGGGAGGUGGAGGAGGAGGCGGUGCGCGACCCGAUAGACGAGGCGGUGGAGCGCGAGGAGGUGGAGGAGGCAGUGGAGCUGCUGAAAGAAAUGCUCGUGCGCUUCCCCGAUGCCUGCCACACGGACAUCCUGGGCGCGCACCGCUCCAUGGAGCUCUGCCGCCAGUGGGGCCACGCCGUUGGGCUGGGCGACCCCCUCGCUGCCCCACCUGCUGCUCCCAGCGCUGCUGCUGACGUGCCCGUGGCGCCCUCGUGUGGCCCGCCGCCCACCGUGCGCGGAUAUGACGCGGACGCCAACGACCUGCUCUUCUUCACCCAUGAGCACGUCUCCACGCUCUCCACGGUCGCGCUCAAGGGCGGCAUGGUUUGUCGCAUCUGGAACAUGCUGGCUGGCAGGCGGGCGGCAGCGGCGGUGUCGCUGAUGCAGACGCUGGCGAGGGCACCGUCGGAUGAGGAGUGUGAGAGGGCCAGCGGGCUGGGGUGCACGACGGCAGCGGAGGCAGCGGGGUCACUGGGGGCAUACGAGGCGCUGCUGGUGCUGCUCUUUGACUGCACGCUGCUGUCCGAGGCCGGGGACGACUCCGACCGCGCCACCCAGGAGCACGAGGUCUUCCUCUGCAACAUCGAUGACACGUGUCGCGACGCCAUUCGCGAGUUCCGGCGCAACACGCCGAGCAGUGAGCGUGUGCACGAGUACAUGCUGCUGAUGCGCACGGUGGGCGUGGCCAUGGCGCUCAACGUGGACUACGUGCCCCUCGCCGCCAUGUUCCGCUCUGGCCUCCUCGCCUCCUUCCCCAACCUCAUUACCCCGUCCCCACCGGAUGUGGACGACGGGUUGGACGAGACGAAGCGAGCAGAGAUCCGGCUGCAGUUCCUGCUGGCAGUCAUCCUGGCACAGCUGCGCCACGGGCCCGUCACGCGCCCCGACCACUUCCUCGCGUCCACGUCGCGCACGGGCAGUGGCACGCGGCUGCGCGUGUUUGAGGCGCGCUACAAGGGCUCCUCCGCGUUCAUGCUCGCGGGCGACCUGGGCGUGCCACAUGAGGAGCUCAAGCGCCGCCAGGUGGCGCUCAAAUACCUCAAGCAGUGA